ACCAUUCUUCAUAUGCAUGCCGCAGCACCAACAGUGAAUGUUUCAACUCCACCAGUUUACCAGGCUAUAUCUGCAAUUGCUCCACAGGUUUCCAUGGCAAUCCUUACCUCCACCAUGGAUGCAAAGACAUCGACGAGUGCAGCUCACCAAAUCUGUAUACAUGUCAUGGAACGUGCAGCAACACAGCAGGCAACUACAGCUGCUCAUGCCGAAAAGGUCACAGCAGCAAGGACCCUAAAUCGGAACCAUGUGUCCGAGAUCAAGGAAUUCCAACAUCAACGAAGAUUGUUAUAGGUAGUUGUGUUGGGCUUGUCUCGUUCAUUACUUGCAUCUUCUGCAUAAUUUUAGCAUUUCAAAGAAAGAAGCUUCUUAGAGAAAAAGAUAAAUUCUUUCAGCAAAAUGGAGGCUUGAGGUUAUACGAAGAAAUCAGAUCAAAGCAAAUUGAUACUGUCAAAAUAUACACCAAAGAGGAUCUAGAGAAGGCAACAGAUAAUUUCGAUAAGAGUCUAGAACUUGGGCGAGGAGGCCAUGGCACCGUUUACAAAGGAAACCUAGAUGAUGGUAGGGAAGUGGCCAUCAAGAGGUCUAAGGUGGUCACUGAGGACCAAAGUGAAGAAUUCGUAUGGGAGAUGAUUAUUCUUUCUCAGAUCAAUCACAAAAACAUUGUAAAGCUCUUGGGUUGUUGCUUGGAAGUGGAAAUUCCCAUGUUGGUUUAUGAGUUCAUCCCCAAUGGAACUCUCUUCAACUUCGUCCAUGGCAACGAUGGGAAACUAAUUCCCUUGACUACUCGUCUACGAAUAGCUAGAGAAUCUGCAGAAGCACUUGCUUACUUGCAUUCAUCGGCAUCCCCUCCGAUCAUUCAUGGAGAUGUGAAGUCGCUCAACAUACUUUUAGAUCAUAACUAUGUGCCAAAGGUAUCAGAUUUCGGUGCAUCGAGGAUGAUGUCUAUUGACGAAACCCAAUUCAUAACGAUGGUCCAAGGAACUCUUGGUUAUUUGGACCCGGAAUACUUUCUAGUUCGUCAACUAACAGCAAAGAGUGAUGUAUAUAGCUUUGGAGUAAUUUUGGUGGAGCUCAUCACAAGGAAAAAGGCAAUUUAUUAUGAUGGGAGUAGUCAAGGAAAAGCUCUUGUCUUCAGCUUCGUUGAAGCAAUGAAAGAUAGUCGACUUGUAGAGAUAUUGGAUGAUCAAAUCAUGGGAAAAGAAAACAUGGAUGUCAUUCAAGAAAUUGCCGAACUUGCGAAGGAAUGUUUGAACAUGAACGGGGAUGAACGACCUACAAUGAGAGAAGUGGCUGAGAAACUGCAUAUGUUAGGAGGGUUCCUACAGGUCUCUUCAACACACCAUGCACCCGAGGAAUGUGAAGCAUUGCUUGGUGAAUCAUCUAUGAGCUCUACCUUGGAUUCUGUCGGGUACCACAGUUUAGAGAACAAAUUCGGAUUUGAUGUAAAAGCUGGAAGAUGAAGAAGAUAAAGAAAGUAGGUUCUCUCUCUAUGCUCAAAUCGAACUCGCAGAAUAGACUGAUAUUGGUUGCUUGUUUUGUAACUUAUUUUACUUCUAUCACAGACAUGAUAAAUAAAAGUAUAAUGGAUUGUAACUCUCAA